AUGUCGGGCCUCUUGAACAAACACCUAGUCGCCAAGGCCUUCGCCGUUGUCACUGUCGGCGGAAUUGGCACAUACACGGUUUCUUCUAUCUUCGGCCAGCAAGCUCUCGCCGAGUCGCCAACGCCGCAGAUGGUCUUUGGCAAAGGGCCGGCUUUCAAGUACCUCCAACUUCAGAGCUCCGAGACUGUCAACCAUAACACCAAGCGGCUUUGCUUCGAGCUUCCGGGCGGAGAGAAUGCGCAAAGUGGUCUCAACCUUACCUCUGCUCUUCUGACCUUCUGCAAACCGGACGGUAGCUGGCUACCUGUUCUGCGACCUUACACCCCGAUUAGUAGGCUGGACAAGCCUGGUUUUAUUGAACUCCUCGUCAAAAAGUAUCCCAACGGCAAAGCAAGCACACACCUUCACAACCUGAAACCUGGGGACAGUCUGUUAUUCAUGGCUAGUAUCCCUGGUUUUAGCUGGACGCCGAACAAAUUCUCCCAUGUCUAUCUCAUUGCAGGCGGCGCAGGCAUCACGCCCAUUUACCAGCUCGCGCAGGGAAUCCUGGACAAUCCGGAAGAUAAAACAAAGGUCACCGUGGUCUUUGGGGUAAACACCAAGGAAGACCUUCUCCUGCGCUCCGAGUUUGAUGCAUACAAACAGCAGUACCCGGACCGGUUUGAUAUCCAUUAUACAGUCAGCCGGCCGAAGCAAGGAUUCUCGCCAGAGCAAGGCAUACGCACAGGAUAUAUAACAAAGGAACUCCUCGCAGAGCUCAUGCAAGGGCCAAGUGAAAAAGAUACAAAGGUAUUUGUUUGUGGACCGCCCGCCAUGGAAAAGGCUUUGCUGGGUUCUGGUUCGUUUGGAAAGGGCGGGAAUGGUAUUCUAGAGCAACUGGGAUACUCGAAAGAUAAGAUCCAUCAAUUUUAG